AUGGGAGGUAAGCCUUUUCGCAAUGGCUAUUCUUGCGUACCGGUUGCACUUGCCGAUGGUUUGGACAUCAGACUUGGGACGGCUGUUACCGAUAUUCAGUAUGGAGGUCCGGGAGUAACCGUGAAAGCUGUCAGCACCAGGAAUCCCAGUCAGCCGCAAACAUUUAAAGGAGACGUAGUACUAUGUACAUUGCCCCUGGGCGUAUUAAAAGUGGCCGUGGCAAACAAUGGGCAAAACCAACAGAAUUUCGUCAAGUUUGAUCCACCAUUACCGGAUUGGAAGGUGGCAGCCAUUAAACGUCUCGGAUACGGCAACCUAAACAAAGUGGUGCUAUGUUUCGAACGCACGUUUUGGGACCCGAGCGCAAAUCUCUUUGGUCAUGUUGGAACUACCACCGCAAGCAGAGGUGAAUUGUUCCUGUUUUGGAAUUUGUACAGUGCUCCGGUGCUGUUGGCAUUAGUAGCUGGCGAGGCAGCUGCUGUGAUGGAAAAUGUUACUGAUGAUGUCAUUGUAGGCAGAUGUAUUGCCGUCCUAAAGAGUAUUUUUGGACAUGCUGCUGUGCCUCAGCCUAAAGAAUGUGUAGUCACCAGAUGGCGCGCUGAUCCCUUUGCUCGAGGCUCCUACAGUUUUGUUGCAGUUGGUUCCUCUGGUACAGAUUAUGAUCUGUUAGCUGCUCCCGUACCCGGCUCUCCAGGAGAGAAUAGACUUUUCUUUGCUGGUGAACACACUAUGCGGAACUAUCCGGCUACCGUCCACGGGGCAUUUCUUUCGGGACUUCGAGAAGCGGGACGACUAGCGGAUCUUCUUCUGCCACAGCCGCCAAUAACAAACGCGAGUGUCGCUGCCGCAACUGCAGCUGCUAAUCAGAAUUCUUAA